GACGCCCCGCUGUGGGGUUCAGGGGAGCUCAGCGGACAAGCUGGGUGAAGAGAAACUUUUUAAGGGCUGUUACACCCAAACAGAAUUGGUGGGGAAUUCGUGGGGGAGUACUGUGGGCUCGGCUCAGGUCUACCCCCCCCAGCAUCCGCUCUCUGUCCCCGAUGGAGCUGGGCAGCAGGGGUGGAGCACCCGGAGCCCAGCUCAGCACCCAUGGGACCCCUUGUUUCCUAAACCCUUUGGACACCCCCACCCAGGGAGGAGCCACCAGCCUCAUUGGGCUGUGACACCCCGACUAAGAGUUGCUCCCCGUGGGCUGCAGCUUGUUACGUGGAGCACAUUUUGGCUGCAGUAUAAAUAAUAACAGUGGGUCUGGAACAGCCAUAUCCUGGACUGGAUUCACGUCUUGUGAUAACCACUUCCAAGAAAUUUGGCUAAGUCCAGUGUGAGAGCUCAUCCUUUUACUAGACAUCAAUGAAACACAUCAGGAGAGGUCAUGGGCUUGGCUGUAUGGGACUGGUCUUGUGGAGCAGAGCUGGUGCCUGCUACUAACACGCUGCCUGGCUGCCUCAAGCUUCGAUGGCUCUGUCCCCCCAGCCAAGAACGGACCCUCUGCCGGCACCCUGCAGCUGCAUGUAGCAGCUGGAGCGUGGGUGAUGGGGAAAAUCCUGGCUAGAUACGUCUUUUGGGAGCUGAGAUGACCCCAGACGCUUUCCCUGUUACAAUUUUCUCCCCAAAUUGCCCUCCCGUCUUCACAACACCCAGGGCUGGCCAGGACAAGCUGGUGGAGAUGGGGCUGUGCAGAUUUGGGUGGGUGUUGGGGGGUCACCCAGCUUCUACAUGUCCUAAUAAAGAUGGGCAAGAGAGCGGGACAGGGCUGGGGACCCCAGGAUGGUCACAGGCUUACCCUCCCUGAGGUAGGGACUGUCCGGAAGGACACAGAGAACCCAGGGAGGUGGCAGAGCUGUGGUACAUCCUGGUGCCACCAACCACUGGAGGUGCACUUACCCACCCUGGCACUCUGGGCACCAUAAAGGGACCUCAGCAUUGGGGUCCCAGAGCUGGAGAGAUGCAACGAGGACACAGCUGACCCACCCCAGGGCUCUGGGAGCUGCAAGGUGACCCCAGGACUGUGGCUGAGGACCCUGGAGAUGGGGCAGGGGCAGGCAGGGAGCCCCACAGCUGGCAGCAUGGGUGGCUCAGAGGAACGGAGGCAGGCGGGACGAUGCCGUGUGGUGAGAUGGAAAGGGCCCAGGCCAUGCCAGCAGCGUGGGGACCGCCAUGACCACUGGCCGGCCGUGGAGGUCAGGGAGUGGGGUGCUGGUGGCGGUGGUGGGAGGCCAGGCCCGGGCGGUCUCCAGGCAGUGUCCGAGCCCCGCUCGCAGCUGGGAUGGCAGCGCCGUGUUUGCGAAGAGUUAAGGAGGCGGAAGAGGCAGGAAGCGGCCCGAGCUGCUCUCCAUAGAAACCCGCGGCCGUGAUUAAAGUCUGAUGCGGACCGAUAGCGGGGGGGGGGGGGGGGGGGGGGGGCGGGGGGGGCAGCGCCCGCUUUAAUUACAGCAGAGGAAAUUGCUGGAGCCGGGGCCCGAGCCCCUGCGAGUUGCCUGGAAACUCCCCCCCACCCCCGCCUCCCCCGUCCCCUGCCCGUCCCCUGCCCGUCCCGCUGCCAUUUAUUCGCCAUCAGCUGCUCCCUGAUAAAGUGGAAUAAUAAUAAUAAUAAUAGGGGCAGGAAUAUUAAAACAUGCAGCCCGCGGGCCGCCCCCACAGCUGCCAUGAGACACGGCGCCGGAGCGGUGCCACUGCUGCUCAACAUGUACCUGCCAGAUCCAGUCGGGGAAACUUUGUUCAAAGACGGCAAGAGCCAGGCGUGGGGGUCCCUCAGCCCCGGCGUGCAGAAAGGCAGCGGGCAGAUCCAGCUGUGGCAGUUCCUGCUGGAGCUGCUUUCGGACCGAGCCAACCUGAACUGCAUCGCCUGGGAAGGCACAAACGGAGAGUUCAAGCUGAUCGACCCCGACGAGGUGGCACGGCGCUGGGGUGAGCGGAAGAGCAAACCCAACAUGAAUUAUGACAAGCUGAGCCGGGCACUGCGCUACUACUACGACAAGAACAUCAUGACCAAGGUCCAUGGCAAGCGCUAUGCCUACAAGUUCGACUUCCACGGGCUGGCGCAGGUGUGCCAGCCAGCCACCCCUGAUCACACCCUCUACAAAUUUCAGGGCAACCUGGCCCCGCUGCCCUUCUCGGGCAUCUCCAAACUCAAUCUCAUGACCUCGGGGGUGACGCCGGCCGGCUUCUCCUACUGGCCUGGCUCCAGCCCAACCCUCUACCCUGGGCAUGGGCUCCAGCCCUCUGCCCCGUUCAGCGCCAUGGCAGCAUCUCACCUCAACAACAUGAACAACCAUUACCAUUAGAGGCUCGGCCAUACCAGGCGGACCUCCCCAUCCCCAGCAGCGUAGGGCUGUGGACCUGGGGAGCUCAGCAGGGAGGGAUGGGGGAGGGUGGGAUCAUGCUCUGCUCUCAGUUGCCCCCUUUUAGAUUUGGAGAGUGGUGUGGGGGAUGAGGGGGUUCUUGCAGGGUAGCUGGGUUGGUUCCCUGAUGUGGGUGUCUGGAGGAGAGAAGCCACCUAAAUUUAGGGUGAGGAGGGAUCCAUGAUCCUAGAAAUGGGCAUGGAUACCUAAAGCAGGGUGUGAAUGGAAGGAAAAACCAUGGGCUCCCCUCCUGGUAGGGACCGUGCGUCCCCUUUCCUUUGCAACAUGCUGCCCAGCCCAUGAAGGUUCUUAGCUCUGUCCCCAGCCUAUGCCUGCCCUCCUCUCUCUCUGUAGAGAGGAGUCAGGAGGUGGGGCCCCAGGGCAGCUGUGUCCCAUGAGGGUCCCCAUGGCCAGGGACAGGGAAAGGGGACCCUCCUUCUUACUCCUUUGUCUCCAAAGCUUUCCUUUCCUCCAUCCCUCCUACACCUCCUGCCAAUGGUGGCUUCCUUCAGACUGCAGGAGAAGCCUUGGUCUGGAGAGCAGAUGCCCUUCAUGGGUUAACUCCUGCCCAGGGCAGGGCUCUGGGGUUGGAGGUGCCAGGGGCAGGUGUGGGGGGCACUGCCAGCCCUCAGGGCAAGGCCAGAACAUAGAGGCACCAGAGUCUGGCCGCUGUAACUCUGCCCUCUCCCCAGUGCCCAAGGACCAUGCCAGAGUGCGAUGGUCCCCACGACCCUGUGAACGAACCCAUGUCCUGCUGGUCACUUCCAAGUUUAAUGUCCCAGUUUUACUGUGGCUUUAGGCCCUUGCAACCAGGUCUUGGUGGGACAACCUCCACAGGUGGGGACAUCCCCAGGGAAAAGGUUGGGUAGAGGUGGAGCAGAGGAAGGGAUGACAGCAGGGCUGGGAGUCCCACGCACAGAGGUGCAGCCCUGGGUCUCUCUGCCCAGGUCCAAGGAGAUGCCCCCAUCCUCUGGAGCAGGACUUUGGCCCAGUGGCUGCAGAAAAGCUGGGCAUGCUGGGCUCUGUGCUGGCUGGGGGGAGGGAUUGGUCUUUAAUAAAACAGAGGUGCUGUGA